UCCACGAUGGUGAGUUUGUGGCGUGUUGUUUCUCUCCUCCAAAAUCCACGAAUUUAACUGCAAUCUUCCAAUUAUCUUCCUCAAAAAUGGCCACCACCAAGAAGAAGACAAGGAAGUUGCGUGGUCACGUCAGCCACGGCCAUGGACGUAUUGGCAAACACAGGAAGCAUCCUGGAGGUCGCGGUAAUGCUGGUGGCAUGCACCACCACCGUAUCAACUUCGACAAGUACCAUCCUGGAUAUUUCGGCAAGCUUGGUAUGAGGAACUACCAUGUGAGGAAGAAUCAGAAGUUCUGCCCCACCAUCAACCUAGACAUCCUGUGGACCCUUGCAUCCAGGAAAGACAGGCUAACUGCCACUGCUGAGAAGGCUCCUGUCAUUGAUGUUGUCAAACACGGAUUCUACAAGGUUUUGGGCAAGGGCCACCUUCCCAAGGUGCCUGUCAUCGUCAGGGCCAAGUUCUUCUCCAAGUCAGCAGAAGAAAAGAUCAAGGCUGCAGGUGGUGCUUGCGUUCUUCAAGCAUAAGUUACAUUUAUGUAAAAAAAUAAAAAAUUAACGUAUAAUAAACA